CGCUUUUCGGCAUUUGUCUUCUAUAAAUCUUGGUUGUUGUCUCAGCAUUCCAGCUCUUCUGCUAUAAUAUGGACAAAAUUUUAUAACGCUUUUGUCUUUGUUCAUAUCUUUCAUGAGUGGUAGCAGCAGGACUCCUCGUUGAAGUGUUGAAUCGUUCCUUUUGAUGUUUGCUUCAACCCCGUGUCAUUCGCUGCUGAAGUUGCAUUCUUCUGAACGUAGAUUUUAAAAUCUAUUCCUCCCCUUGCAGAUAGUUGAUGAGCGAAGUUCAUUACUGUGUCUUCAGACUUCUGGCAGCACGUUAACCGUCUUACAUGAACCUCGAUCUCCUAUCUCGUGGUGUUUGAAUUGUUUGAUUGUUUCGCAUUUCUUUUGCUUUCUGCUGCUAUCUGGAGUUUACGCUCUUUGUGUUUGUCGCUCCCCUUAAAAUUAAGUUGAAAUUUGGUACUUGGUUGGCUCGAUUAUGUUCUAGAUGUAACAAAACUUGAAUCUAUCUCAGUAACUUUGUGUUUUCCAGAAUUAUUCUUUCCAAGCAAGAGUGAUAUAGAUGUAAUGCAGUCGCUUGCUUCUGCUUCACAAAUAGCUUCCUCUACAUACUGGUACCAUGAUGAGUACUUAUUCAUUGUUUUCCAUGGUUUUCCCCUGUGAUGCCUAUCCUGCUUUCGAUGGAGAGUGGUUAGCAGACAUUGGCGUCUAAAAAAGAACCACCACAACAGGAGACUACUGUGAAAUAAUGGGACUGCAGAAGCCUUUGUUGGACUCCCCAACUACGGAUUCCAGCAAGAAAAGAGUGGAUCAGGAGGAUGGGAAUCAAAUGCAACAAUCAAAUGGUUGCAGACCAGUUACUAGUGCCAUCUCCCAAACUCCUCCACCAUGCUCUGUUUGCUCAGAAAAUGGAAACUGUCAGGUGGUCCGUUCGAGAACGAAGCUGAUGAAAAUUUUAAUGGAAAACAAAAGGAGUCAUGAAGUGGAAACCAUAUUCGACGAUAUGAUCAAGGAGGGGCACAGGCCCUCACUUAUAACGUUCACAACGCUGCUGACUGCUUUAACCGUCCAGAAGCGUUUCUCCUCAAUUAGUUCGCUGGUUUCUCAGGUUGAAGCGUCCGGGAUAAAGCCUGAUUCAAUUUUCUUCAAUGCCGUUAUCAAUGCAUACUCAGAGGCUGGGAAGGUUCAGAAAGCCAUGGAAACUUUCUGGAAAAUGAAGGGUAGUGGCUGUAAACCGACGACAAGCACAUUCAACACCUUGAUGAAAGGUUAUGGAAUUGCUGGUAAGCCUGAAGAGUGCCUAAAAAUACUAGACAUCAUGUUUCAGGAAGAAGAGGCAAAGCCAAAUCAGAGGACGUACAACAUUCUAAUCAGAGCAUGGUGCAACCAGAGGAACUUUGCUGAAGCACGCAAUGUAAUUUAUAAGAUGAAAUCGUCUGGCAUCCGCCCUGAUACUGUGUCAUAUAAUACAUUGGCAAGAGCUUACGCACUGAAUGGUGAAACAAUAAAAGCAGAGGAUGUGAUUUUGGAGAUGAAGAAUUUGAAUGUGCGGCCUAAUGAGAGAACCUGCGGAAUCAUUGUAAAUGGUUAUUGCAGAGAAGGUAAAAUGAAGGACGCCAUCCGUUUCGUUUAUGGGAUGAAGGAUCUCGGGGUACCACCAAAUCUAGUGGUUAGCAAUGCAUUACUGAAAGGUUUUCUUGAUAUCAAUGAUACAGAAGGCGUCGAUGAGGUUCUGGUGCUAAUGGAAGGUUUGGGCAUCAAGCCGGACGUUGUAACUUUUAGCACAAUAAUGAACGCAUGGAGUGCAGCAGGCCUCAUGGAGAAAUGCAGUGAAAUAUUCAACGACAUGAUUGACGCUGGAGUAAAACCUGACAUUCAUGCGUAUAGCAUUCUUGCCAAAGGAUAUGUACGUGCUAGACAGCCAGAAAAGGCAGAGAACCUGCUGAUGUCAAUGAGGGCAGCAAGCAUACGUCCAAAUGUAGUCAUUUUCACAACAGUCAUUAGUGGGUGGUGUAGUUCCGCAAAGAUGGAAAACGCAAUGAGGGUUUACAAGGAAAUGUGCAGGUCUGGUGUACCACCAACCACAAAAACAUUUGAUACACUGAUAUGGGGAUUCAGUGAAGCAAAACAGCCAUGGAAAGCUGAAGAGAUGCUUCAGCUAAUGGAGGAGGCAGGGAUUGCACCAGAAAAGAGCAGCAUUGAGCUAGUUGCAGAUGCCUGGGCUUCUGUUGGACUAACAAACGAGGCAGAGAGGGUAGUGGAGGCCAUAAAAAAUCAAGUGUUGUUUUAUGAAUCAGAAAAAGAAAAUGAUCUUUUGAUGGACACUUCGGGAAAAUCCCCCAAGCAGAGGUUUACUGCUUUUUGUCUAGCCCCAUUGCCAACUGCCAGCCAUGACGGUGGAUUAUCCAUUGCAACAAAGAAAAAGAGGAGCACCAUAGGAAGCACUGAAUUUUCACAAAAUAGCAAGCAUAUUUUUCCUUAUUCUUGUAGGUACAGAUGGAGAACAUCAAGCAUUUGGACUAAGCAGUAUCAUGUGCACAUGGGCAGAUAUGGAACUCCUAAUUCAUGCAGACUUGUCUUUCUGAAUUGAGCAUUACAAAUUAAUUCGUUUUUGUCUUUA